AAGAAUAUCAUUCAUAUCGUCAUGCUCAAAUACUUGAUAUUUCUCAAGUUGGUUUUAGUUUUUGUUCAGCACAAACUGAUAUUUGCAAUUCAGCCCACCACAAAGAACAACCAUGUUUUAGCCGGCCAUGUUUUUCAAGCCUUUACUGCAACAGACUGGUUCAACUGUCUACAAACCUGCCAUGAUGAUCCAAGAUGCAUCUCGUACAACUACCAGAGAUCGGCAGAAGCCAACGGUCUGUGUGAAUUGAAUGACUGUGGAGUUGAAGACUUUUGCGACAGAGAAGGGUCUAUCUUUCACUCCCCAGGAUUUGUGUUUCAGCAGAUAAGGACGAGUAAACAGAUAAAAACAAUUAUAAAGAAGGUUAACGGGUGUUUAUCUUCCCACGGUAAAAACAGUUGCAUUUCGGAUAGAUCAGUUCCCAGGACUUCUCCAAAAAAUGUCACGAUGGUAAACAACACGUACAAGAGCAUUUUUAUCACAUGGGAUGCUGUGCCAACGAAUCAGACAAAUGACGAAAUUUUCGGAUAUGAAGUAGAAUAUUCGAUAAUAGAAGGAGGUCAACCGGCAUGGGAGAAAAGAAAAGUGUUUAGUGUUCCCGACGUACAUUUCAACCUUACAGGAUUAAUUGUGAACAGAAGGUACGAAAUCAAAGUGCGGGCCUACAACCAGUGUGGGAAUGGUCCGUCAAGUGAGGUCCUCUGGGUAAAAACGGACGAGAGAAGGCCUAAGGUGGCGCCUCCAAAUAUUAUCGCAGUGAGAGUGAAUUCGUCCUGUGUACUGGUCUCCUGGGACAGGAUACCUAAUGGUAAACGACGGGGCUUGAUACAGAAAUACAGAGUAAAUAUUACAUCAAAGAUCCCCAACGAAACAACAAGUCGCGAAGUACAAGCGCCAACACAGUAUCUGGAGAUCGUUGGCAUAAAUGUGGACUCAAAAUUUACCAUUACUGUGGAGGCUGCGAAUAGCAAAGGAUUUGGACCAGUCAGUGAGCCUGUUAAUAUAACUGCUGUUCCGUAACAACAUCCUUGGAACAAUUUACGAUACCAAACGUGAUGAUCUGUGAAAUUUUUUUAAUGUAGAGGAUACAAUAAAGGAAUUAUCGCCAAUCGCAGUUAUGCUCGAUUUUUCUCCAUUUCGUGUGUACGACUGUAAAUAGUCUGAUAAAAACCGCAGACUGUUACAUAGGAUAAUUGUUAAUAAUCGUCAGCUUUGUAAAGUAAUUAUCACCAUACAGUUACUUGUUGUGGGUAAACGUCCCGGAACAAUUUUCGGUAGGUAAGAACGAUUUUAAAAUGAUGUAAUUAAGGCAAGAAAUGUUGAUAGCUCCUAGCGAGGUAUGUAUU